CUGGGACGGGGGAACGCAGCGGAAGGUUUUGUGCUUUACAUAGUUUGAGUUGGACUAAAGCUGCAUGCUUUAGUUGUUUGCGUGUGAAGAAUAAUAUCACAGGAUUUGGAGGAGGGUUGUUGGAGUUGCGGUCGGUGCCUCUCUGUGUGUGAUGGAGUGAAAGAGAGGGCGCACGGUAACUUCAGUCUCGCCAUGAAAUCAGUGUUUUUCAGCCGUUUCUUCAUCCUGCUGCCCUGGGUCCUUAUUGUCAUCAUCAUGAUCGAUAUCGACAGUAAAAGGGCGAUCCGGGCUCCAGCAGCCGGCCGGACCGGCAGGGCGCAGCGGGCGGCACGGACCGGCGCGCCGGGAGUGGGCAGCGGCGCCCAGAACCAGUCCGCUCUGCCGGUUAUCUACGCCAUCACGCCGACUUACACCCGUCCGGUGCAGAAAGCGGAGCUGACCCGUCUGGCCCACGCCUUCCGCCAGGUGCCCCGGUUCCACUGGAUCGUAGUAGAGGACUCGACCUCGCGCACGGAGCUGGUGGCGCGCUUCUUGGCCCGGUGCGGCGUGCAGUACACGCACCUCCAUGUGUUCACUCCCCGCAGGUUCAAGCGCACCGGGAUGCCACGCGCCACCGAACAGAGGAAUGUGGCUCUCGCGUGGCUCCGGCAGCACCGGAGCAGGCGGGACGCCGGUGUGGUUUUCUUCGCGGAUGACGACAACACGUACAGCCUGGAGCUGUUUGAGGAGAUGCGUAGUACUCGAGGCGUUUCUGUUUGGCCUGUGGGAUUUGUUGGCGGCAGAGCAUAUGAGCGACCCCUGGUGUCCGGUGGUAAAGUUGUUGGUUGGUACACCGGCUGGAGACCGGACAGACCCUUUGCCACCGACAUGGCAGGAUUUGCGGUGAACCUCCAGGUGAUCCUGGCGAACCCGCGGGCGCAGUUCAAGCGACGUGGCUCCCAGCCGGGGAUGCAGGAGUCUGACUUCCUCAAGCAGAUCACUAAGGUCACCGAGUUGGAGCCCAAGGCCAACAAUUGCACCAGGGUGCUGGUUUGGCACACUCGCACAGAAAAACCACAUCUUGCAAAUGAGCCCAAACAUCGGAAAGACACUGUGGUCAUUGAGGUGUGAGAGAAAGAGACAAGCAGCGGAUCCAAAACCAGAAGCUGAUUGUCGUUGGCUGGGACUGACGACAGCACCCUGCUUCCUCUCUUAAGGGGUUAAUACAAUCUGUUCUCGAUGGACACGGACUCUGAGGAGCUGCAUGAUUCAAGACUUCUGGCUGUCUGUCAAACGUUCUUUGUGAGGCCUGGACAACACUGAAUAUGUUUGAUUUACAAACUGGGAUGACUCGAACUGUUUGUGUCCUCCAUCCACGGCUUGUUAAUGUGAAAAACUAAAGUAUCAAUGUAAAAAAACAAAACAUCAUGUUGCUGAACUGAAAAGUGCCAUGUGAAUAAUUAAUGUCAUUUAAAUCAUUAAUGCAUCAUUGUCAGAUUAACUGUGAUUCAAUGAAAAAUUACCAUACAAACAGAUAACGCCCAUAGGCUAUCUUAAGGCAGUGGUACUGUAAUGCUGUUACUCUAGCAGCGGACAAGAAGAUUGAUAGCAAUUUGAUGUCUGUGCAACAAGCGCGAAGCCGGUUUCAGGAUGCUGUUAGCAUAAAGUUAGCUUAGCAGAAAGACUGUAAACAGCUAGCCUGGCUCUCUCCAAAGUUCAAGAAUAUGCCUACCAUCUCCACCAACAAGAUAACAUACGUUAUCUUAUUAAUUUAAACAGUACAGAAGCAGAAAUGCAAAAGUGAUAAUUUGUGGUUUAAGGAGAAGUUACAUAAUUGAACUAUUUCUUUGAGAACAACAGCUAGGUGCAGUAGCAGUGAGCUGGACACUACUACUGAUGGAAAAACUGGUGUUCACCAAGAAAUAUCUCCAACGGUUAAGUUGCUGGUAAAAAAAUAAAUUGUCCAGUCAUGUGGUUAAUUAGCAUUGAAGGUGUUGAUAAAUGCAUUAUGAAGAGAGCCAAGCUAGCUUUUCCCCCUGCUUCCAGUCUUUAUGCUAAGCUAGGCUAACCACAUCCCAUCUCCGGCUCUGCACGCACAUAAAAUUACAUGUUACAGUACAAUAACACCUCUCUCACUGAGGAAAUUAAAAUGUUUGAAGGGAUUUUGUUUUCACAAUCGUUUUUCACUCCUUUUAUCAACUGCCAAAAGGUCCGUUUGUUGCUGAAGAACAACACCCUCUUCAUGUCCUUACAGCUGUAAAAUGCCAAUCAGUGCCCAACAGAAGCAGCUAGAUUCACCAGCUCUCCUCUUUGUUUAAAUGAAUCACACUAAUGUCUGGUAGUAAUGAUUAAUUGAUGCAUAAAUGCUGUGUAAGUCUCCUUUGCAUCACUCUGAAGAGGUUUUAUGUAAUGAACUAAAUGGACCUUUGCUGUCCUGUUCUGUUUGUAUGUGAUCAGGUUUGGAAGCAGCCCACGUGAAGUAACAAGUGACGUCUCUCCUGACAAGCUGCCAUCAAUAAUGUAGAGUCUGUGGGCCGACAACAAAGAAAACUUGCCUCACAAGUAAACGCACUUGCCAGCUGCGGAAUAAAAAGGUAUGAGCAGAGUAGACAGGAUAUAAACAGAGCAUCAGACGGGCCGCUCGUUUCACAGCUCAGACGUGAAAGAAGUCUUUUUCUUUCAGUGCAUUUGAACAGCAGUAUUGUCCUGAAGUUUCGAGGGCACUGUGUAGGUGUAUGAUGUAAAGACGAGAAAUAGAAACAGCGUUAAAUCCAGGAUUCGACGGCCUUUAUUUCAAAUGACCCUCUUUGCGAAAAAAAGGAGCAAACAAAUAGAACUCCAAAAAACAGUACUUUUACACUUAUGAGUCAUUGGACAAAAGAUGAACACAGAAAAGUUCCUGGAUAUUUAUUUUUACUGCACGGAAACAGCUUUUCUCUGUACUAGGCACCAGUAAAAUGUAAACACAUUGGAAAUAAACCUGGAGGACAUUAGAUUUAUUGUGUCGUUCACACUCGCCACAUGUGUGUAAGUACAGUUAUUGCAUGGCAGAGGGACCCUGUGUGUACAGACGUGAAUCUCUGCGUCGGCGUUCGGCAGUGUGUUCAUAACUCUGUGCGCGUAUGUGUGCGUGUUGGUUAAUUUCAAAUCCUAAACGAGGACUGGACAGUGAUGACGGGACCCAUCCAGCGUUUUCAUGCAGGUCCCCUUUUUGCUAGCACUGUCCAAUCCUGUCCCCCCUGUUAUUGUCCUGCCGGUCUAGCCCUCUGAUUGGUCAUCCAGGUUUAUUUGCUGCAGACUAACUGUGCUUCUCUUGUACUGCACACAACAAAACACCACAAUAAAGAUGGCGGAUGGCAGAACA